ACUAUCGCAUAUCAACGGAACGCGGUUCAAAAUGUUGGAGUACCACAGCUUCCACCAUAUCUAUCCGUAGACAACGGCGCUAUUGAUAGUCUCAGCGCCUAUGCGAGAUCAUUGGCCACCGUAGCAUCAGCAGCAGGUGGUAUAGGCUUCAUUCCUGGCGGGGACAAUGUGUCAGGAUUGGAAAACAAGCUCAGUGAGGCCGCACGCCUUGCCACGGAGCACGAAGCUCGCCGGGGCUUUCCAGAUGAAAACUCCUUACUAUUUCAUAACUCCUCAUCACUUCCAGUUGGGAUUGGGGUCAUCAAUUGGAGAGCAGAUUUCAACGUCGCCCUUCCACUCAUCGUCAAAUACUGCCCCUGCACCGUAUGGCUGUUUACACCUUCUGAAAGUGCUUCCGAUCAGAUCCCAUGGGUGCAGCAAAUCCGUGAGCAAACUGACAGUAAUGUUGGGAACAUCGAAGAUGCCUGUGCUGCUGUGGCCGAGCUGCAACCCGAUAUUCUUGUGCUGCAAGGUAGCGACGGAGGAGGCCAUAGGCUUGCCCGAUCUGCAAGUGUGCUUUCCCGCGUGCCGGAAAUCAUCGAUAGAGUUCAGACCGAUUUUUUCGACGGUUCAUCGAACACUUUUAUCCCGAAGAUCGUUGCAGCUGGUGGUUUGGUGGAUGAUCGUGGAGCCGACGCUGUGUUCGUGGAGCCGCCGCAGUGUUCACCCUUGGGGCUGAAGCCAUAG